AUGUUGACGGUGUGGGCGACGAGCGAACGGAAACUGUCGCGCGGUGGCUCCCGGGCCGUAAAGCGAGCCAGUCCGCCCAGGCACCAGCGAGUGCCCGCCACCCCCGGCCUAGAGCGCCGCGAGGCGGUGGCGGCGGGUGGUCACGUGGCGCGGCCGCCCCCGGGACCCACCAUGUUGCGGCGGGGCCUGUUCGCCGCUGCCGGGCGGUUGCUGUCCGCGGGCCCCGCGAGUUUCCCCCGCUUCUGGCCGCCCCGUCCGGUCGGUGACCGCGGUCUCCUGUCCCGGCAGGACCCGGACCCGGGCCCGGUUCUGAAGACGCCCAAGGGCACCCGCGACCACCCCCCCGCACACGUGGUGCUUCGUGACCGGCUUCUCGCCUCCGUGGUCGCCUGCUUCAAGCGGCACGGGGCGGCCGCCAUCGACACCCCCGUGCUGGAGCUGCAGGAGAUGCUGACGGGGAGAUAUGGGGAGGGCGCAAAGCUCAUCUACAAGCUGCAGGACCAGGGAGGGGAGCUGCUGGCCCUGCGCUACGACCUGACCGUGCCCUUCGCUCGCUAUCUGGCAAUGAACAAGAUCACCAACAUGAAGCGCUACCACAUCGCGAAGGUGUACAGGCGGGACAACCCGGCCACGACCAGGGGCCGCUACAGGGAGUUCUACCAGUGUGAUUUUGACAUCGCUGGCCAGUUUGACCCAAUGAUUCCUGAUGCCGAGUGCCUGAAGAUUGUGCACGAAAUCCUGAGUGACCUGCAGCUUGGGGACUUUGUUAUUAAGGUCAAUCACCGACAGAUUUUGAAUGGUGUGUUUGCCGUCUGUGGCAUCCCAGAGAGCAAGUUCAUAGCUACAUGCUCUACCAUGGAUAAGCUGGACAAGAUGCCGUGGGAAGAAGUGAGGAGCGAGAUGGUAGGAGAGAAGGGGCUCUCUCCCGAGGCUGCGGAUCGCAUUGGGGAGUACGUCCAGCUUCACGGUGGCCUGGACCUGAUUGAGCGGCUCCUCCAGGACCCAAAGCUGUCCCAGAACAAGCUGGCCAAGGAGGGGCUGGGGGACAUGAAGCUGCUGUUUGAGUACCUGACCCUGUUUGGCAUCGUGGGGAAGAUCUCUUUCGACUUGAGCCUGGCGCGGGGUCUGGACUAUUACACGGGGGUCAUCUAUGAGGCUGUGCUGCUGCAGCAGGAGAACGACCAUAUGGAGGAGCCAGUCAGCGUUGGGAGCGUGGCCGGAGGCGGUCGCUACGACGAGCUGGUGGGGAUGUUUGAUCCCAAGGGACGGAAGGUGCCCUGUGUGGGGGUCAGCAUUGGGAUCGAGCGGAUCUUCUCCAUCCUAGAGCAGAGAGUGAAGGCUUCUGGGGAGAAAGUUCGAACGACUGAGACACAAGUGCUGGUGGCUACACCUCAGAAACACUUAACUGCCGCAAGACUGAAGCUCAUCUCUGAGCUGUGGGACGCAGGGAUCAAGGCAGAGAUGCUGUACAAGAAGGAUCCUAAACUGCUGAAGCAGCUGCAGUAUUGUGAGAACACGGGGAUACCCCUUGCAGCCAUUGUAGGAGAGCAAGAGCUGACAGAUGGAGUUGUCAAGUUGCGAGAUGUUGCAACAAGAGAAGAGGUUGAUAUCCCAAGAGAAAAGCUUGUUGAUGAGAUCAGAAGAAGACUGGAGCCUUAGGACUUUUCUGGCCAGAGAUACUUGACUGAACCAUUGUACAGCUGGAACCCUCCAGUUGCCCUUAGCCAGGCACUUUCCACUGAAGUCUGGUCACCAUCUACUAACCCGAGGCUCAUCUGCCUGGGCUAAGGCAGGGUCAACAUGAGAUACCCGCUUGGAAAGGAGCGGGCGGAUUGUUUUAAGUUAAGGACAGCGAAGCCGCUAGGUUAAACCUACUGGUUAACUGCUCUGAAGGACUGGUCAGUCCCGUGGGUUCCUAAUACUGCAGUGCCUGUCCCUGUACAGCCAUUCCCACCCACUGCAGGUGGGGGCACAGGCACGGGUGGAUGUACCAGCGCUCAGCCGGGGUCGGUGGGGGGAAUCUGGCGUGCGGGGCAGCACCCGCCGGUUCAGGAUUUGGGAGGUGGUGGCAGUGGAAGGCCACCACCGCCCCCCCACACCCCCUCACAGGGGCUGAGGGCCAGCCCCGGGCUGCAGCCGGGCUCCGGCGGCGGACGGGGAGCACAACAAGCGGUUGGUGGGGCGAGCAUGGAGGAACUCUGUAUUUUUAUAUAUUGAGAAAUAAAACAACAACAACAAAAAAAAAAA